AGGCAGCAACUAAAGUGACCAAUUUCCAUUUCCAUUUCAGCGGAGAGAUUCAGAGAAAGAAACCGAAGGAGACGAAGAUCGCCAUGGAUCCGAAGCUAACUGAGGUCUCGCAGAACUUCGAGCGCUUCAAAGCUGCUCUUGUCAGGCACGAUUAUGAUUCUUGUAACAAUCUCCUCUGUCAGCUCAAGGUUUUUUUGACUGGAUUCAGAAGUCUUCCGCCAUUGUUUGAAAAUACGCUCAAUGCUGUCCAUGAACUGACGGUGGCUAGGGAUAUAUAUGAGCACGCUGUGUUGCUUAGUGUGAAGAUUGAGGAUCAAGAGGCAUUUGAAAGAGAUUUCUUCCAAUUGAAGCCUUACUACACUGAUGCUCGUAACCUCCUUCCACCAUCCCCUCAGGAGUAUCCAAUCUUGGGUCUCAACCUUCUGAGGCUUCUUGUGCAGAAUAGAAUUGCAGAAUUCCAUACUGAACUUGAACUUCUUUCCACCUCUGCUUUGGAGAGCCCAUGCAUUAAACAUGCUGUGGAGCUGGAACAAUCUUUCAUGGAAGGUGCUUACAACCGUGUGUUGAGUGCUCGACAGACUGUGCCACACGAAACUUUUGGUUAUUUCAUGGACCUCCUUGCAAAGACUGUAAGAGAUGAAAUAGCUGGUUGCAGUGAGAAGGCAUAUGAUUAUCUUUCUAUAAGCGAUGCACGCCAAAUGCUGCUGUUUUCCUCUGACAAAGACCUUUUGGAAUAUGUCAAGGAGGAGCAUCCCGAGUGGGAGAUAACGAAUGGCGUUGUAUAUUUCCAGAAGGCGAAAGAAUCUGCACCUUGCAAGGAAAUACCUUCUCUUCAACUCAUCAACCAAACGCUCAGUUACGCCAGGGAGUUGGAGCGGAUUGUAUGAACGAACCAAGCUAGCAGCUUUUCACCAUUGCUAUCUGCUGCUUUUCAACAUGCCAAGGUUGAUAGUUAUCCCUCACCCUCUUAUGAUCUUUAUGGGAUUUUUCCAUACAAAAUUGUUAUUUCUAGUGACAUUGAGUCCGGAUUUUUGUCAAUGUAUCUUGGUAUUUACAUUCUUGUGAGAUGAUCGUCGUUGCAUUUGCUAUCUUCUAAGUGUUUGUUUACAAUUACAUUUUGUUGCGGUAUGGUAAGAUCGAAUGACUUGGAAGUCGUUAUUGUUUGAUUA